AUGGAAUUGGAUAAGAAAUUGAAAGUUGAAGCACUCUUGGAUGUUCAUCCGAUAAACUCCAAGGAAGAAAUAGAUGAACUUAUCUCUGAAGCUAACCAGUCUGUAUUUGAAAAUCAAGAGGAAAAGAGCAGACCUAAAGAGACAUUCAAAGUAUAUCAGAAAGACGAGGACAAAGGUACUAGCAAAGGGCCACCGGAAUCUGAGAAACCGGUAGUAGAACUUUCAGAGAAACAAACUAAGGCAGAGAUUCCUCCUCCACCUUCUAUAAAUCAUAAGCACAGACUACCCAUUUCCACAUAUCAACUCAUUCUGCUAUUUCUUUGCAUUCAUAUUCACACCACAAUUUCCUUUGUUUCUUUCAUCUUCUUCCCAACAUGUCUUCUACCUGCGGUAACUGCGACUGUGCUGAUAAAAGCCAGUGCACCAAGAAGCGUAACAGCUUUGGGGUGGAGAUUGUUGAGAAAAACUUCAACAUCAGCUUUGAAUUGGAGAUGGGUGAGAAUGACUGCAAAUGUGGACCAUCCUGCACUUGCACUGGUUGCACCUGCCACAGUGCCUGAUCAUCAUCAUCGUCAUCAUUUAUAAUUCCAUAAUGGAAGUAUACAUCUAGAUCUAAUAUUGUGGACAUACCCACAGCGAGAUCAAUUAACACCAAAUUGAUCUUGUUUGUGGGUUAUCUAUAUAGUUUUAUGUGUGUUGCAGCUAUGUAAUAGCUCUUGUAUUCGAAACAAUUUCUAUUAAGAAUAGUCAUAUUUUAUA